AUGACGUGCUUGCGCCGUUCGUUGCUUCUGCUGGUCUUCUGCUGCUACGUCUCGCAGACGCCUGUCGGAGCCCGCCGUCUGAACCGCUUCGUGCGCCACUUCGAGCCCCUGUCGUACGAGCCGCGACCCGUGCACCGAGGACACGUGCGCGUCAGGCGAUCGCUGGGCGCCAGCCACCCGCAGCAGCAGCAGCAGCAGCCCGAGCACGUCUACGUCCGUUUCCAGGGUUUCAGCAGGUUGUUCCACCUGAAGCUGAAGCCAGACACCUCCGUAUUUAACAAGGACCUCGUCGUCGAAACUGCCAAGCUCGGCCGAGUGAAACCUAACAUCGAUCACAUCUAUAGCGGCGAAGUAGUCGGCGAUCCCUCCAGCCGAGUAUUCGGUGGCCUGCACAACGGCGUGUUCGAAGGGUCCAUCCAGUCCCGCUGGGGCCGCUUCUACGUCGAAGGGGCGCACAAGUUCUUCGCCCGACGCACGCCCUUCCACUCGGUGAUGUACGCCGCUGAGGACGCCAGCGUUCCCCACGAAGGAUGGUGUGGCGUCCGCGGCGAGACGGCGCGUUGGAUGCAGCAGCUAGCCGUCGCCUCGGCGCAGGCGCAGAAACGCGUCGUAAAGGCAAGGCGCCACAGUAGCGGCCACCCGGGCCACUGGAUAGGCCGGCGGCCCCUGGCGCAAGAGCAGAGCGAGGACCACUACAACGAGGAUGCCGACGACGUCGACGACGAUGCGGAGAAGCUGGAGGGAGCCGGUGACGAGGCACGUGGCGCUGCCCGGCACCGUACGUACCGCGUCUGCGGGCUGUACGUCCAGAUAGACCACCUGCUUUACCGGCACUUCAACGAACACGACAACGACCCUGUGCGCACGCGCCAGCGCCUCUCAACCCUCAUCGCGGGUCACGUGGCCCGAGCGUCCGACGUCUACCGGCACACAGACUUCAACGGCGUCGAGGACGUCACCUUCAACGUGCACAAGAUCAAGAUCAACGAUACAAAGAAGUGCCCCAGCGACACAAACCCGUACUGCCUGGAUAACAUGGACCCAAGCUUAUACCUGCUGACGACGGCCAAGUCCGCCAACUACGACGAUUACUGCCUCGCGUACUCGUGGACAUACCGCGACUUCGAUGAUGGCGUCCUCGGCCUGGCCUACGUGGGAAACUCGACGACACACAGUCAAGGGGUCUGCGACAAAAACAGACUGUUACCCGAGGAUCCGACGCGACCUCAGCUCGGCCUGUCGCAUCUCAGCUUGAACACGGGCAUGAUCUCGUUUGUCAACUACAACGCUUACGUGUCCCAGGCGGUCAGCGAGAUGACCUUCUGCCACGAGAUCGGCCACAACUUCGGAUCGCCCCAUGACGAGCCGGACAACAGCGAAUGCGUGCCCGGAAAGAAGCACGGGGGCAACUACAUCAUGUACUUUCAAGCCAGCUCCGGAAUGGACCCCAACAACCGCUUGUUCUCCAAAUGCAGCCGUGGCAACAUCUCCGAAGUCAUCAAGCCCAUGGUUGACGGCACGUCGCCCCGCGAGAACUGCUUCGAAGAGGAGAGCCAGCCAGUCUGCGGCAACGGCAUUGUCGAGGGCAAUGAAGAAUGCGACUGUGGCUACACGGAAACCGAAUGCCUCGAACCAUGCUGCUACGCGCGCCACAACUCUGUCAAGGCCCCAGGAUGCACUCUCAAGCCCGGCAAGCCCUACUGCCGGGCCCUGCUGCGACAAGGAUUGCAUACCAAUGCCAACGUCCAAGGAGUGUGCCGCCGAGACUGA